AAAACACAGUGACGUGAGCUGUGUGUGUAAACAGCCGUUGAGACAUUUAAACAGUCAGCUGUCAGACGGACACGAAGCGAGCUCACUGCCGAUAUUAUGCAGCAUGACCCCGCGAGGACCUCACCGCUGUUUUUUUUCUGCGAGAAGAAGAGACGCGCCACGAAACCCACCGUCGCCACACCUCCUCAGAACUUUGCCGAAACGCUGCCGACGGAAAUGAGCGUAAAGAUCUUCGGCGAGCUGGACGCGGAGAGUCUGUGCAGCGCCGCGCGGACCUGCAAGCGGUGGCAUCACAUCAUCGAAGGCAGCGAGCAGCUGUGGAGGAGGCAGUGUCUGCUGGUCAGAGCUGUCUGCCAGAGAGAGGUGGACAGCGACAGGAGCGACGGACUCUCCUGGAAGGUCACUCUGGUGAGGAACUACACCCGCAGCUGUGUGAAGAGAGACUGGCUGAGGGGACGAUACAGCCACGUGAGCUCGCCGGAGGAGCUGAGGGGGAGGACCAUGACGCCGCUGGAUGCCGAGACGUGGGGCGAGAUCCUGCAGGCCGAGCUGGACAGAUGACUGACGACGACCAUCGCUGCCUCAUUUUCUUUUUUUAAAAACGCACCUGGAGCACUUCUGAGUGUUUGGAUUCAUGACUCUAAUAUAUGUUUUAUACCUUUGUGUUUUAUGUGAACUCACAAUAAAUGUACAUAAUAUUUUUUUUAAUUCUUUGUAAGAAAAAAGGAUCAUGAACUGUUAAUCUUUGAGCUGUGUUAUUGCUUUUGGCUGAUGAUGCAAUAAAUCACAUUGAUGUGAA